AUGGAUUAUUUCUUUGACCUGACCUCUGAGUCCAUCAAUAUAUUUUGUAGCUCAAGCAUAGGUGAGAUCAGCAGAAGAGCUCAGGAACUGGUGCUAAAGAUAAAUGACAGCCGCACCAGUGACCAGAAAGUGAUGGACAGCUUUCAGGAGAAAUUAGUAGAAAAGGUGACAGAGAUGAAGGAGCACAUGUACACAGUCUAUGAAGAGAACAGUAAUGUGAUGCAGGUAAAGCUGCAGGAGUUGUCAGAGGUGCUGGAGAGCUGCACUAAACUCAAAAAGGAGCUGAUUGAAGCCAGCCAGGGACUGGCAAGACUCAGAGAGGGACUAGCCAUUAGUAAAUAA